AUAUCGUCCCUACUGUUUCAUUUGUAAUCAGAACGUGUGUGUUUUUGGUUUACAAUACCGAGUGAUUAGAAUUUGAUUGAGUUUUUUUUAUUUUAUCGCCUUGAAACAUGGGAAAACGAAAGGGAAAAGCUUUAAAGAAAAAUCAUGUGUUCGAUGAAUCGGAAUCGCCCGAAACAUUAAAUGCACCUCAUUCAUUUGUGAUCCAUCGUGGUUUACCGUUUCCAAAUAUCACAUAUUUGACCAUGGAUUUUCGUCGUAUGAUGGAACCAUUCACCGCAUCCGCAUUGCGUGAACGUCGUAAUAAUAAAAUCAAAGAUUUUAUUAAUUUGUCUGGCGUUUUCCAUGUUUCGCACAUGGUCAUUUUCAAUAAGUCAGUCAAUCAACUGUCAUUCAAAGUUGCCCGUUUACCGAAGGGACCGACGCUAAAUUUUAAAAUUCAUCAAUUCACAUUGGCACGCGAUGUCUUGUCCUCGAUGAGAAAGCAAUAUUUUAACGAUACUGCAUUCAAACAUGCACCUUUGGUCAUUUUGAAUAAUUUUACGGGCGAAGGAAAUCACUUGAAGCUGAUGGCAAGCACAUUUCAAAACCUAUUUCCCACCAUUAACUUGGCGACGGUGAAUUUGUCCACGAUCAAGAGAUGCGUUUUAUUUUCGUACAACUCUGUAACGAAUUUAAUUGAUAUGCGCCAUUUCGCCGUCAGUGUUGUACCAGUUGGCUUGAAUCGCAGCGUUAAAAAGGUUAUAUUGGGAAAAGUGCCCAAUUUGUCGAAAUGCGAAGAUAUCGCUGAUUUUAUAGAACAGAGCGGUAAUGUAUCAGAAUCCGAAUAUGAAGAUGAUGAAAAUAAUGAAGUGGUUUUACCACAAACUCUCAAUUCACGCGGUAAUUUGGAGAACAAUAAGUCGGCAAUUCGUUUGCACGAGAUUGGACCACGUCUUACUAUCGAAUUGGUUAAAAUUCAGAAUGAUUUGAUGGCCGGAGAGGUUUUGUACCACAGCACCAUUGUGAAAACCGAAGAAGAAUUGGCCGAAAUAAAGAAAGCGCGGGAAGAGAAAAAACGAAUUAAAGAGCUACGUAAAAAGGUCCAAAAUGAAAAUGUUGCGAAAAAAGAGAUGGAAAAGAGUGAACACAAAAAACGAUCGAUGAAACGUGAUCCGCAUCACGUAAACGAAGAAGAGUAUGUCGAUAAUGACGCCGACUACUAUCGCGAAGAGGUUGGCGAAGAGCCAGAUGAAGAAUUGUUCCACACAUCGCACAUAGCUGGAGGUCGAAAGCGUGCCUUUGUGCCCAAACACAUGAAACAAAAAGAAACCAAACGACGCAAGCUUGAAAAUACCACUCAGCAAGAUCGGAAAAAAUUCAAUAAGAGUGGAGAUAAAGAUCACAAAAACAGUUCGGAGCCAAAAGACGGUAAGAAAUUCGGAGGAAAAUCCAACAAAAAUACAGACCAAUCAAAUACAAAGAAAGUGAAAAAGACCAAGGUGAAAAAAUCAAAGGGAAAGAAGAAGUCACACCGAAAUAAGAACAAAUAGUGUUCAGGUUUCAUUGUAAAAUACACAUUUUUAUUAAUAAAAAAAAUUCUCGAAAAUUCUA